AUGACUGCUAAAGUAUCUGGACGUACGUGUGUUGUUGCAGGCUGCAACUAUAGACCAUCAGACAGUGUUUCCGUGCACGUUUUCCCGAAGGAAGAGCGACAGCGUGCUGCGUGGACUCGUUUCGUAAAACUUACACGUGCUGAAUGGAGUGGUCCGUCCAAUUACACCGUGAUUUGUUCCGCACAUUUCAACCCCGAUUGCUUUGAACCCCCGUAUUCCUUGCUGAGGGAGUUUGGUAUGACGGUCAAGAGACGUUUGUGUGCAGGAUCGGUACCGUCCAUCUACCCCAAAAGAAAACGGGACAACCUCAACGAGGUAUUCUUGUCGUCCCCAAACCCAGAGCGCUCAGUUGUAGCCAAACGGGAAAGAAACAGGGUUCUAACUGAAUUACUUGGUCCUGAUCAAGCCACUGAGGAAAGAGAAAAUGAGGGCAUGGAUACAGGAUGUAUGAUGGUAGCCGCAGACACUCUGGGUCCAUCUGGUCCAGAUCCAGCUACAUGUGUAAGUAAUAACUAA